UCCAUAGCAACUCUUUCAACAAGUUGGCAAAGGAAGCUUUCCCCAUCACAACGUCGGUUCCUGCUCGUUAUGUCUACGGAUUUUUUGUUUGAUUUCUGAACAGAGACGAAAGAAGGCACUUCGAUUCAGACUUAAGGAUGGCUGAACCACCACUGACAGAACAAACUCAGCAGAGUGAGGGGGGAGAUAAACAGAGUUCUCCUGCUGAUGAGGAUGCGAAGAGUACGAAGAGUGGGCCCAAGAGCCAGGGGGGUUCGAAGCCAACCUCUAGAGCGGGGUCAGCAGGUUCCCACAAGAGUGGAAAGAGUCAGGGAAGUAAGAGGGGGAGAGAAUUUGUUCAAACCCCCACAGGAUCAGCCAAAGAUAAUCCAGCGGCAGACUGGCGGAACAUGAGAAGAAUCAUUGCGGAGGAUCCAGAAUGGUCACUUGCAACAGUGCCACUUCUAACAGAGCUUUCUGUGAAGCACAUUGUUGAAAAUUUUGAAAACAAUUCUGAAAUUCUGACUGACCUCUUACCAAAACACCAGAACAAGGUCCUGGAGAAGAUAUCACCAAGCCUCCCAUUAAAAGUAACAGCUAAUCUUGUCCAGGAUGAAGACUACUGGAAGAGAUGCUGCAAAGCACGCUGGGAAAUCUGUGACGUCUCUGCUUAUGGUGAAAGCUGGAAACGAAUGUACUUUGAGAAACAUCUGCAAGAAAUUAUUGAACACUUUGUUCCUGAAACCACAGACCCAACCAAGUUGACUGAAACUCUGGCUCUAUCUGCCAACUAUAUUAAGAAGAUUGACAUUAAUCAGUUACUCCCACCUGUCAGAGAGGCGCCAAAGGGUCCUGAUUUUGACGAAGCUUCGGAUGCUGGCAGUGAUAUAGGGGAAGAACCAGAAUGUGAUCAUUUCAAUUUCACUCCCGUCCUCAAAGCUUUGCCCAACCUGGAGGAGCUUCAUCUGACCUACGGUGUCAAAGACUGUGGCAUGAAUUUUGAAUGGAAUCUGUUUCAGUUCACAGCCAGGGACUGUCUGCAGCUUGCAGAAUGUGUUGCUAAGUGCAAAACGCUCAAGGUUUUCAAACUGCACAGGAGUAAAGUGGAUGAAGACAAAGUGCGAGUUUUGAUCAGUCAUAUUCUUGAUCACCCAAGCCUCAUCGAGUUGGAUUUGUCGCAUAAUUUGAUCGGUGACCGAGGAGCGCGCGCAGUUGGCAAGUUCCUCAAUAAUCACAGUCAGCUUGUUCGUCUCAACUUGUGUGACAACCAGAUCAAGGCAGCAGGGGCCCAGGCCAUCGCUCAUGCUCUCACUAAAAACACAACGCUGCAGUUCCUCAACCUCAGGCUCAACAGAUUGGGAGACGAUGGAGGUCAAGCCAUCUGUCGGUCACUCCUGAAAAACACAACCUUACGGGAAGUGAACGUCGGCAGUAACGACAUGGCGGAACCAACAGCGGCGAUCCUCUCCCAGGUGGUGAUGCAGAACAACACCGUCAAGUCCAUAGACCUGUCCUGCAACAGACUGGGGCCGGACGGAGGCAAGCAGCUGCAGGAGGGGAUGGAGGAGAACACCACCAUCACCCAGAUGGACCUGAGACUGACCGAGUGUGGCCAGGAGUCCGAGUACUGCAUCAACCAGAUCCUGCAUCGCAACCAGGAGCAGGAGCGGGAGGCCAACAUCCGGGACAUGGAGGCUCACACGCCCAAGAUGAAGAAGAUCGCUCAGCCUCAGGCGGCUCACCGAUACAAGAGCUCUGCAAUCAUUAGAGUGGCAUAGGCGGAGACAUAUUGGGAGGAGGGACUUUCAGGGCCAUUUUUUGUUUUGGCAGGGGAUUUGAUGAAGAGAAAGUAUGUGUUUUGUUUUGCUGCAGGUUGUUAAAUGUCAUGGGAAGUUUUUUUAGGUAAGUGUAUGUCAAAAUGUAAUCAGUGUUGAAGGCACAUGAUUGAUGGAGCAAUCAUGAGAUGUAUUUCAUGUUGGCAGUUUUGAAAAAGCUUGUGAUAGAUUUACUAUUGUAAGAUAUAUAAUGUAUGUGUUAAUUAGGAAUAUUGGUGGAUGUAACUCUAUCAAAUACCAUGAAGUCAUUUACUAAAUUAUGUCUGAUUGAUUCUUAUAAUGAUUAUAUACAAGUGUCAAAUGUCAAUACCAGUAUUUGAAAUCAUGCAUCUUUAAUUUUACACAUUGUCACAUUUUGAUGGAUGAAUUUGCUUUUCUUAACUUACCAAACCAAAUAUACAAUCAUGAAAUCAUGCUUUAAAAUAACAUUUACAUGUAAGAUUCUUAAUGAGAUAUGAAUGUUUACAACAUGACAUCCUUUAGUUAUAAAAAGUUCUCACCAAAUGUUUUCAACAAUAUUAACCAUGAAGUGUUUUGAUGAUGACAAACAUGACAUUUUGAAGCUUUAUUCUAGUACCAGUCAUGUAUGAAAGUUUCCACCAAAACAAGAGCAGUACCAUCUUCCUGAGGCAAGGGAGUUAACUGAGUAUUAGAGUCCAGCUUCCACCCUCGCCGAACUAGGCUGGCAUUAUGGACUAAUAAGUCUAUGCAUGGUCCAAUCAAAAUCUUGCAACGAAAUCCGCUUCAUAAACUGUCAUGUAGAUUUCGGUCGAUUGCAGGAUUUGCAAAGCAUGUACACCGCCAACUCGUUGUCAACAGAUAUUUACCAAAUCUUUUCAUGAUUUUAAUCAAGGUGCUCAUGUGAUUUGAUGCACUUCGCGAUGAAAUAUCCGUUUUAUAACAAUAUAGAUCUUGAUUAUCUAUCAGAUCAUCUUGACUGGGUGCCGCCAUUUUGUUUGAAGCAAAUGCAAGUGAUAAGAGAGGUGGAAUCUGAUUGGUCCACAGGAGAGGCUUAGAAGGGACAUAACUCGUUAUAGCCACUGGUGGCGCUAUGAUCGAGCCCAGGAAUUCCAGCCUAGUUCGGCAAGGGUGGAAACUGGACUUUUAAAGUCAGUUAACUUCCUUGCCUCGUGAAGAAGAAGCAGUAUUGGCUUGACCUGUGAAUCUUUACACCAUUCUGUCAACUACUACAUCAAACAUAUACAUGUUCAUUUCCAAACAUAAUUGUGAAUAUUAUCCUAGUAUUAUCAAUAUUACCUGUCAGUAUACUUAUGUUUUGUUCAUGCUGUUCCUUGGGCUGGGGUACAGAGCAUUAUAUACAAGUUUUCCAGCUGUAGAUGUGAAGUCCACUGAUAACGAACCUAACUUCAGUGCUGUGACAACCAGUAUUACAAACUGCUAUUACCUUCAUUGUUUCAUCCUAGCUUCUGGAUGGUGACAACAAUGAAGCAUGAUAUAAUAAAGUAGUAUAACUCGC